AUAACUAUUCAAAGGGAAAGAUCGCGGUUUUAUAAAUCUUAUGAAUUAAAAUUUAAAUCUACAGCAAUCUGUAGGAAAGAAAUUUUAGAUGACUGGGAAAAUACGCGUGCGUAAAUUCAAAGUCAAUUGUGAAGUGGACGUAAUAACGAUUGCCCUUCAUCUCUUUCUUUUUUACUCAUGUCUGCUCAUAUCAUGAUUAUAAUCAGGAAGAAAAGAACAGCUGACAAAAAAUAUUUCUAUUGAUGUGUCAUUAGUCAAACAGUGAUAAACUACAAGGACUUCAACAUGGAAGUCAAUCAGUGAAUAACACAAUAAAAGUAAAUUGUUAGAUAUGGCUGAAAAUAUUAACUGUGGUGGUUUUGUAUUUUACAAUAAUUUUGAUUCUGCUAAUUUGGCUAAAGUUGAGUUGGUAAGAGUACCAGAGAUAUGUAAUAUAGCAAUGUCUGAAAAUGAAACUAGAUCCUGCAAAAGUUUAAGUUCUGACGACACAUUUGAUUAUGAAUUUAAUUUAUGGACAAAGUAUGAUUGCCAUGGAACAGAAUAUCAAAACAACAACCGAACAUGGUUUUAUUUUGGUGUUAAGGCAUGUUCUCCAGGUAUUUGUGUCAGACUCAACAUAGUUAAUUUAAAUAAACAAGUUAGAAUGUUUAGUCAAGGAAUGUGUCCAGUAUAUAAAAUAAUACCAGGGCAACUUCAUUGGGAAAGGAUCCAUGAUAGACCAACAUAUAAAGUUGACCAAACUGGUAGUGACUUUAUGCUAUCUUUUACUUAUUAUACCCCAGAAAAUCAAAAGGCUGUAACAUAUUUUGCUUUCACGUAUCCUUUUUCAUAUACCGAUUUACAAAACUACUUAAAAAAAAUUGACAUAAGAAUGGCGAAACACUAUGUAACAAGUAUUGAUGAUAUAUAUUAUCAUAGGGAAUGUGCAAUCAAAUCAUUAGAAGGUCGUAGAUUAGAUGUUUUGACAAUAAGUUCUUAUCACAAUAUAUUAAAUGUAAGAGAGGAUAGAUUUGAUAACAUGUUUCCAGAAAAACAUGAAGAAAGACCUUUCAAAUUUUUGGAUAAGAAAGUUGUCUUUAUAAGUGCAAGAGUACAUCCAGGAGAAACACCAUCCAGUUUCGUACUGAAUGGGUUUUUGAAGUUUCUUUUAAAUCGAGAAGAUCAAAUAGCUCUUCAUUUACGUCGCAUGUAUGUAUUCAAGUUAAUACCAAUGCUUAAUCCUGAUGGUGUAGCUAAAGGACAUUAUCGAAUGGAUACUAAAGGAGUAAAUCUCAAUAGAAUGUAUUUAAAUCCUUCUGAAAAUGAUCAUCCUACAAUAUAUGCAGCAAGAAAUUUAAUAAGAUAUUAUCAUCAUUCUUACAAUAUAAUAGAGGAACAGUUAUCUCCAGACAUAGAAAGUACAUAUAUAAAGAACAAAAACAAUAUAAAAAUGAAAGAGAUACAACAUCUGCGUACUAAUGUUAUAUGUAAUACACCUACAAGAUUACUUCAACGGGUAAAAUUAAUGACAUUAAAUGAAAGAGCUAAAUCUGAUACAGGAGUUAAAUAUGAAUGUAUGUUCACAUCUAAUAACUUGGAUAAUACAUGUUGCGGUGAAGAACAGGAAUUAUCUAACGAUACACACGAAUAUCAAAAUAUAUUAAAAGGAAAAUAUACUGAUAAAACAACAAAUCAAACUGAAACAAAUGAUCUUUCUAAAUCAUCCUCUGAAUCUGGUCUCUAUUUAUAUAUUGAUCUUCAUGGUCAUGCCUCAAAGAAAGGUGUAUUUAUGUAUGGAAAUCAUUUUACUGAUCCAGAAGAUACUAUUAUGUGUAUGCUUCUGCCAAAAUUGAUGUCCAUUAACAAUCCAAAUUUUCAUUUUACAUCAUGUAAUUUUGCAGAAAGAAAUAUGUAUCUUAUUGAUAAAAGAGAUGGUAUGUCAAGAGAAGGUUCAGGUCGAGUAGCAGUGUAUAAAAUGACAGGCCUUAUACGUAGUUAUACUCUUGAAUGUAAUUACAAUUCUGGUCGUUUAGUAAAUAUUAUACCUGCCAGAAUUCGUGAUGGUAUUAGUAAAACAACGAAUCAUUUGUUUGUACCUCCUAAAUAUACUCCAACAGUGUUUGAAGCGGUAGGAGCAGCAUUAGGACCUUCUAUCCUUGAUCUUACUAAUAAUAAUCCCAACAGUCGAUUACCAAACAGUCAAUAUCGUUCGUUAAGAGGUGUAAGAUCUUAUUUGAAGUUAACGCAAAUGAAUAGUCUUUCGGCAUCAUGCAAUAAAUCUGCGUAUAAGGUACUUUAUUGUAUGCCUCCGCCAUUUACUUCUAGUCUAGCACUUUGUCAGCUAGCACAAGCUGAUCUACCAACUAGUGUGGUUACUACUUUAAUAGGACAUUUUGGGGGAUUUUUUUUAUCUCCAAUUCUUCUAUAUUUUGUGUUAGGAGCAUCUACUCCACCUUUAGUUGGUGUUAAUGUUAAGGAGAUUAUAUAUAGUACUCUGUUACCUCUAAUUAUUGGAAUGGCAUUACAGUUUUCUGUAGUAAACUCUAAUGUUUGCUCUAUAAUUGGUAUUGGACGAUAUUCUCAAGGAUUAUUAUUAAUCAUAGCAUAUUACUGGUUUUCUGAUGCAGUUUCCGCAGAUGUAUCAUCCUUGCAAGCUAUAGAUAUAUUAUUAUGUAUAUUAAUUGCUUGCAUUGCACAACUUUUCACAUGCUGUUUAUAUUGGGGUUUAUGUUCUCGGUGGUUACCUAGAAAUAUUCUUCUAGCAGCAUUAUUUGUUAGUACUCACAAAUCAGUUGGUCUUGGAAGCUGGAUUUUACGAAGUACAUAUCAUGGAUCUGCUCAAGGUCCAGCAGUGAAUUUACCACUUUCAAUCAUACCUGUUGCACAACUCGUAUUAGGUACUUUAUUGGCAAGUUGGAUUGCCCCACAGUAUUCAUUACAAAAUUAAAAAAAAAGACUUGGAACCUUACUCAUGGUUUAAACAAUAUGUAGUAAUAAAGAUAUGAA